AUGAUGCCCAGCAGAGGCCUACACACGGUUGCCAGAGCCAAAGUCCCACGGCUAAUACAAUCGCAAUGUAGAAAUUUCUCGUCUGCUCCGCGACCUCACCUCCAAAGCGUGUCGCAUAACACCUCCUCCUUAACACGCACAUCACAACCAUGGACGAGAUCAAUACCCGCGACGAUACCCUCAAUAGCCGCCCUUCGAUAUGCCUCCACCGCACAAUCACAGCCCGCCGCUGGCUCGCCUCCCGCACCAGUAACGCCGACCCCCAGCGAAGCGAGCUCCUUUCCUAAUCUCGACACGAUAACAUUGGACGACAUCAACAUUGACAAGCCUGAGGCUGUACCGGAAACAAUCGGCUAUCUACACUCGCUGGGGCUGGACUAUGGCUGGGGACCUACAUCAUGCCUCGAAUGGUUCCUCGAACACUUCCACGUCUGGGGAGGACUGCCAUGGUGGGGUGCGAUCGCAGCGACGGCAAUGACAAUGAGAUUGGUCAUGUUCCCACUAUACCUCAAGUCCAGCGACGCCAUGGCCCGCCAGACCGCCAUCGCAAGCGUUACGCAGCCCAUAAAUGAUCGCCUAGAGAAAUGUCGAAAGACAGGCGACCGAGAAGGCAUGAUGCUUGCAUUUCAGCAGUUGCAGGCAAUCCGACAACGAGCUGGCAUCAAGAUGUCAUCUCAAUUCAUGCCAAUGAUUGCGCAAGGUGUCCUGGGAUACUGCGGCUUCAAGCUGAUGCGCGCAUGCGCGACAUUGCCGGUCCCUGGAUUCACGGAGGGCGGCUUUCUCUGGCUGCAGGACUUGACUCUGAGUGACGGAUUCCUGGUUAUGCCUGCCCUGAUGGCCCUCACAAUGCACUUGGUCGUCCGUUUGGGUGGCGAGACUGGAGCACAGACAUCAACCGCCAUGUCGCAAGGAAUGAAGAAAGGUUUAAUGUACGGCAUGCCGGUGUUGAUCUUCGGCUUCACCUGCUUCCAGCCUGGUGCGGUUGCCGUGUGGUUCGCCGCAUCUGGUGUGAUUGGUAUCACCCAAGGACAACUGCUGCAACGGAAGCCUGUCCGCGAAUUCUUCGGUUUGGCACCGCUCUACCGCCCCAAACCUGGAGAAAGCAGCGGUGGAAUUUUUGAUGCAUUCAUGAAGAACAACGCACCACAACCCCAUGGGCCUUCGUCCGAGUCUGGACCAGGUGGCAAGAAUUCUGUCUACAUGGCCCCGACCUACCAAUCGCCGAACCUGAACGUCCACAAGAGCUCCAGCAAUGUCAUUGACACGACGCUCGCGACGCCAAAGACCGAGGGGCCUUCUACAUCUACAUCGAGCGACAUGAUCCAGCCCAACACUCCAGCUAAGCCGAAGCAGGGCAUCAUCGACUCCAUCUCUUCAGCCGCUUCGAACACUUUCAAGCAGGCGAAGCAGAUGACCGACCUCAGAGCUGGCGAGCAGAGCGCCGAGCAGAAGAAGGUGGCAUGGAAGAGGAAAGCAGAUGCUUAUGAGCGGAAUGCGCAGAAGCGAGGCAGGUAG